AUGCCCACCAGGGAUGAAUUCGACGAUAUGGGCUACGGUGCUCUCAACCGGCCACCGUCGUCACGCUCUAACAGCCGGCCUCCGCAUCGUGCACGCUCGCAGGCACCACAGGAGUGUGUCAAGCAGUUCUGGGAGCAAUUUAACACCAAGUACCCUGGCAAGGUAUAUACCGUGCUGCCAGAUAACCCGUACGCUCGUACAAGGGCCAAGCGCGUGCCCAACGGGGUGAUCCAGGGCCACGAGGCCGUCAAGUCGUAUGAACAGGCCAAACGGGAAUGCCAGAAGUCAGUUGAGCGCAUUGUCAAGGAAUGCCAGCGAGUAAAUCAGAAGUAUACCGAUCCGCACUUUGAUAUUGAGCUGGAUCUCAAGUCUGGUCGGCGACACUGUUUGGAUGGUCUUGACAAGGUCAAUGAGGAGAUGAGACCGCGAGGCGUGAAGAGAGUUACGGAAAUCUUCGAAAACCCGCAAUUUUUCGUGAACGGGCCGACAGCGUCAGAUGUCCGCCAGGGCUAUGACGGUGACUGCUGGCUUAUGGCGGCGCUGUGUACCAUGGGCAACAAGAAGGGCCUGAUCGAGAAGAUGUGCGUUGCUCGCAAUGAGAAGAUCGGCAUCUAUGGGUUUGUGUUCUAUCGUGAUGGUGAAUGGCAACAAUAUAUCGUGGACGACAAGUUAUAUCUGCGCGCGGCGGAUUACGAUGAAUCAAUUGAUGAGCGUCAGACCUGGGACGACAUCAACCGCACCGACAGCGAAGAGGAGUAUCGACGGGUCUGGCAGACGGGUUCGCGCGCGCUUUACUUUGCGCAGUGCAUGGAUCCCAAUGAGACCUGGCUUCCUCUGCUGGAGAAGGCAUUCGCCAAAGCCCACGGCGACUAUUCAGCUAUCGAGGGUGGCUUCGUUGGAGAAGCCAUCGAGGAUCUGACUGGAGGUGUCACAUCCGAAGUACUCUCUAAUAACAUCCUGGACAAGGACCGCUUCUGGACGGAAGAACUGAUGAAAGUAAACGAGGAGUUUUUGUUUGGCUGUGGCACCGGACUCUUUUCCAACUGGCUGGAUCCUGGCUAUAAUGGGCCUCCACGAGAACGCAAAGGAAUCUCGGAGAAUCAUUCGUACUCAAUCAUGGAGGCACGCGAGAUCAGGGGACAUCGUCUUCUUCGGUUGAGAAACCCCUGGGGUAAGAAGGAAUGGCAUGGUGCAUGGGGCGACGGCUCCGAGCAAUGGACAGCAGAGUGGAUGGAGCUCCUCGGCCACAAGUUUGGCAAUGACGGCUUCUUCUGGAUCUGUUAUGCAGACCUUCUCAGAAAAUACCAACAUUUCGACCGGACGCGCCUCUUCGGCCCCGAAUGGACCAUCACUCAGCAAUGGACCACUUUGAACGUGCCCUGGUCCGCUGAUUACCACGGUACCAAAUUCAUCAUGAAUGUGACCCAGGCUGGCCCUGUAGUCAUUGUUCUGUCUCAGCUGGAUGCUCGUUACUUCAAGGGCCUAGCCGGCGAGUAUAGCUUCGUCCUCAAGUUCCGUCUUCAGAAGGAAGACGAGGAAGACUAUAUCGUGCGCAGUCACAGCAGCCACUUAAUGGGCCGAUCAGUGAAUGCCGAGAUCAACCUUGACCCAGGUCGCUAUCAUGUGCUGAUGAAGAUUACUGCCUUCCGGCACGAAGAUGUCGAGUCGACCGAAGAGAUUGUCCGCCGUCUUGCUUCGAGUAGGAGGGAGAAGCUCGUACAGGUCGGACUCUCGUAUGAUCUUGCGCAUGCCAAGGGCCUGGUGGCCGAGACCGACCAGGAACGGUACGAAAAUGAAAGACGAAAGGCUGCCGAGCGCAAAAAGAUCCGCGAUGAAACCAAGAGAAAGAUGCAAAAGGACUGGAUCCGUGAGCGCAAGAUGACUGCCCGGCAACAACGCCAGGAAGCCCGUCGCCCCAGUCAACUUCCCAACGGCCUCGAGCGCUCCUCGAUUCCCAAGCAGAUUCUAAACGAUAGGCCAACAGAAUCGCCCACUGAUGUCGCGAGCAUCUCCAGCGAUGGCAGUGAACGACGGCGGACCAUCAACGGGUCAGUCCCAACCAUUCAGUUCAAUGGCCUCCAUGCCCGACACGCCAGUGGCUCUGGAAGGCAGCGAACCGAGUCUCCGCGCCCGAGUCUCAAUACGCGCCUUGCCAAUGAGAGUCUGGAUAUCAGUGAUCUCGAACUGCUGGACGGAUUCGAGUUCGACACCGACCUCGAUAUGCCGGCCGACGAGGCAGAUCACAAGCAACCACGAAAAUUCCCCGAGUUGGAUGGACCUGCUGCUGAUCCGUGGAAUGCGGUUUGCGUAGUUGGGCUUCGAGUCUACUCCAAAAACCCCAAUCUCAGCUUGGAAGUGGCACACCCUGUUCCAGAGGACGAUAUGGAGGCUCCUCUGGAUCGGGAUGAUCCUGCAGUAUCGGCAACUACUGAGAAGAUGUUUUGUGGCGUUCACGAUUAA